GAUGUACACUUUGCUAACGUUGCUUAUUGUUUUGCUCUUAUUAAGCCUGUGCUGGGCAGAAGGAUCUGCACAGCAACAGCAGCAGGAGAAGCUAGUGCCAUUGCCCACGCCUCCAUCCAAGCCGGGCCACUAUCUACACCAUCUGCACGGGGCUGGCGGCUGGUAUAUGCCAGAUAAUAGCGGCAAGUAUCGGCACGAGCACAAACCUUACGAUGGCGGCUACGGGGAUCGUGGUCAGCCGUAUGCCAACGAUCUGCGCGGGAUCCUUAGAAAAGCCGAGGAGCAGCUCGUGGCCAGUGUGCAGGAGGCCGAGGAGAACUUUGCGCUGGGGCCACGCGACCAUUUGCGCUUUAUGAUUGACUUCAACUACAAUGGCACCGGCUGGCAAAUAAUCCAAUUCGAAUGGGUCCGCGAUGGCGACGAUCAGCGACAGUUUAGCUACGUGAAUGAGAACAGGCUCUGGGACAAAAACUCACAAUCGCAGUCUACUUCGCAAUCCCAACCAGCACAAGCCUAUAAAUAUGAUCAGCCUCAGACUGCACUGACAGAUCCCGAUCGUAAGCAGCAGCAGUCCCGAGAGGAGUACGAGAUUAGCAAAAUAAAUUCUCAACAGAAUUCAGGCGAAGUGCAGGCCACCAUUAAUGAGGUGUUGGAGUAUAUACAACAAGAGAUCUUGCCGACACUCAACUAAAACUAUCUAUUAAUUUAAAUGAAACUUGAGAAAUGUAUUUUGUAAAUUAUAUCUGAAAUAUUAUAUUUUUGUGAGUUAAAAUAUAUACAAUUGUCUGAUAUUUACAAAAUUAGAAGGUUCUAAUCCACGUCAGAGUUUCAGACUUCUUUCGUAUAAAUAUA